UGCGCACAUUCGGCAAGCAUCAUGCGAGUCGUGCUACCUCUUCUGCUUCUCGCGUUGCUGCAUGCAACCGACGCAGCUCAAACAUGCCGCUUCUCCGUGAACGUCGCGAAUGUGGCGAACCCUACGCAAGCGCCACUGGCUACCACUGCCACGCCAGUGACCACCGCACGAGGGAAUACCACCAACGGCACAGACCCGACGGGGCCCCUCACGACUCCUCCGCUCGACACGACCACAACCGUCAUCCCAGGAACGACGACCACCACUACUGCAUCGCCGACUGCCACGACGGUGAAUCCUGACAAAACCCCCACCCCGUCGCCCGUUACAACGAUCACGUCCACAACUGCGACCCCCACCACGACACAAUCAGCGACAACACCUUCGGCCACCACGACACCUGCUCCUACCAACACGACCAGCAUCGGCAGCACAGAAUCUAAGCGACGUCUUCAAGUCGCCAUCCCUUCAACUACGCCGACGCCGCUGACAACACCGCUCGUGUCGGCCAAUACUUCAACCACAUCCACGCCAGCAGCCACUGCAGUACCUGGCCGGACAACCACCACCACCUCCCCCGUUCCAUCGGCUACAAGUGGCGGCGCCAAUGCCACUAACACCACCACUUCCACGACGCCUGCCACGAUCUUCGACAUGGUGGAAUGCGACGAAACGUUCUACGGACUCUGGGCCAAGAAGGGCCUUACAUGCGGCGGCGUCGCGUUGGACGUGGCGAAAGCGAUGGGUCAUGACUGCAUGGUGUAUCGAGGCACGUUGGCCUUACCCAACUCGUCCACUGGCGGCGGCGCUACGUGCUUUUCGAGUUGCUUUAUCCCCGCAUGCAUCGACAAGGAAUGGGACUAUGACGAUUCGCUUGGUAUUGACAGCUCCAUCUACAGCUCGAUGACAUUCAGCGAUUGGUUUACCGGGUCGCCGGCGGCUACCCUCCCGCCCGUCCUCCGUGCCGUGCCAACGUCAGCAUUUGAAGCCAAGUUUUCGUGUGAAAAGUACUCCCUCUGCCAAUGUCCUGCGGCCAACAUCGUGACUAGUAAUUCAACUUCUGCGGGUAACAGCAGCACAUCCCCGGCAAAUGGCGGCGGUGGCUCCACCUCCCCCGGCAUCUCGGCCAACGACGUCUGGUCGGACGGCACCAAAAAGACAAACCUUGAUUACGCCGGACAAGUUACGUCCAGUGUGAGCACCUCUGUCACAUAUACGACAAUCGCGGCUACAACCACGAUGGCGAUUGCAUCAUCCGUGGGCGUCGUGAGUUCAUCCGCUUCCGCCGCGGCCGCUGGCGUGUCCACGGCAGGUAGCGCCAGUACCGCGAGCACUACAUUGGAUAUUGCCCAGUUUGCUGUAUGCACGGGGGCCCUGAGUCUGCCAGGCGCGUCCAACACGUUGCGGCUCAUCGCGACGCAAAUGUCAUUUAGUACAUUUACGUGGUUUUCAUUUGGCGACGACAAGUCGAUAUCGUCAUCCAAGGUCCGCGUCCUUGUGGACGAGUACCGCGGCGCGCGGGACGAGAGCAGCGGCGGGAUGUUUGAAUACACGAGUCGACUCGGCAUCAAGCCGCACAUGCUCAUGUACGUGACGUUGGCUGGCGUGGCGUCCGUGUUGGGUGCCGUCGGCGUCCUUCUCAUUCUCGCAUUACUCGUGGGCGGCAGCUUGAGUUGUGUCAAGGACAAGGCAGCGUAUCGAAUCGACUGCCUUGAUCGCGCGAUUGGCGCGUUGGUACUCGUGGCCGUGAUCUCGCAGUACGCAUUGGGCAUGGUGUGCAUGUUUCAGAUUUGCAUGACGUUAAAGAACACCCGAGGCGCGAAAUUAACUGCCGAACUGUUUGUGGCGCUGUCGACGUUGCUGGUGUUGGCGCUCGGUAUUAUCUUGUAUGGGCUGCAUAUUGUGCGCAAAAAUGAAGCCGACAUUAAAGACAUUGGCACCGCCGCGCACUUUGACAAGUCGAUCCACAAACGAUUUGGGACGUUGUAUGACCAAUACACGUUUGAAAAUCGAUACUUUUUCGUGGCCAAGAUGAGUCUCGCGCUCAUGUCAGGCAUGGUCACGGGCACAAUUGCGAUUGAAGGCAAAACCCAACUGAUCUUGCUCAUUGCCAUGCAUGUGGCGUUCUUCCUCUUGCUCGAAGUGCGCAAACCCCACAGCGCCAAGUUUGUCCAGAACACGUCUGUGAUGAUUGUGAUCCUCAAGGUCGUGGUGUUUGGGCUGAGUUUCUUUUUGCUCACCGCUGCCACGGAAAAUCUGCCGUGGUCGGUUCAAAACGUCGUGUCAUAUGUGAUUUUAUCGCUCCAACUCGUCGUGCUCUUGUGCUUGUUGGCGCGCCAGGUGUACAUUUUCUGGAAAACCCGCCAGAUCAAAAACCAAAAGGAUGACGGCGACGUCGUCGCCGCCGAUGAAAUCACGCCUCCGCAUUUGCAACUGCACGCGUUUGACUCGAUCCCGACGUCCAACAAGCACGGGCAACGCGAAUGGACGAGCGAGUAUUACAGCGACCAAAACUGCCGUGCACCGGCUGCUCCUCCACAACAACUACGAUCAAACCAGCAAGCGUCGUCGCUGCGGGACCUUCGCCCUGCACCAGGACAUGUGAACGGAAAGCGUGUCGACGACGGCCACGAUCCCAACGAAUACGCGAUCUAAAAGUUAUAGUUUGCGGACUUGUUAAUAUCAUCUUACCGCCAAAACGAGCCAGCUUUGAUGGCUUGCUCACUUGUUCAAUGCCAUGACGAAGCAGUUAGGAUCCGUAGUCAGAGCCACUGGAUUCAUCGUCACUUUAGUGCCAACUGUCCGACGAGUUCCAUAGCCCAUUCGAGCACCGUCAGACCGAUGGUGCGGUUUGUCAUGCACGCUUCCGAGAUGCUGUUCAGG